AAAAUUGUUCAACACCUAAUUAGGAUUUUUAAAAUUCAAAAAAUUGCCGAUUCAUCUCCUUCAAAAUACUUGUCAAUGCUUGUGGGGGUUUUCGAUUUUCAGAGUAAUGUUUAUGUCAAGUGUGCUUACUACUUGCAAAAAUUAAUUGAUAAUUAGCAAUAAUAGUGCAGACUGAGUCACCUUUAAAACCAAAUGGAACGAAUAUUAGUUCAGCUAUUAGUAUUAUUCGCCGGCGACUGCAGGUGGCACCGCCGCUGCAUCUGCGUUCAGUAAACUCAUUCAAAAGGUGUAUCUGCUCAUUUUUCUAAACAAUUUUCUUCGCGAAUUCGUUCAAUUCUGGAAGAAUAUCGGCGGGUUUCUGCUCGAGAAUUAAAGAUUACGAUGCCAUGAGCAGAGCAAGUGGUCUUAAUAACUCCGAAAUUCUUCAUCUUCAGAACCAAAUCAUGAGAGAGCAAGAUGAGGAGCUUGAGAAAUUGGCGGAGACAAUUGGAAAUACAAGUCAUAUCGCAUGGGCCAUCAACGAAGAGUUUCGUUUACUUGAACGACUAGAUGUUGAUGUGAACAAGUAUGUUGAGGUUCCAGACUCCAAACUACAGCAAGUGCAGAGAAGACUUGAAAUCUCGUACAAACGCAGAAGAUUACUGCUCUUCUCAUUAAUUGGAAUUCUUUUGUUGGCUGUUGUGAUUAUCAUGCUCGUCAAGUUUUUGUGAUUGUGUUUAAUUGCUAUGUAGAAAUGAGAUUGUAAGAGUAUGUCUUCUACAUUGUCACAGACUUGUGAAAAUCCAUAUUCCACUUUAAAAUGUAGGUGCAUGUUAUAUUUCUGUAUAUAAAAGACAAUGAAAGAUUAUUACUUUUGUUA